CUGCUCAUGGCCAGCGAAGCCCGGCAGAUGGCCAGCAUCACGCACAAAAUCAGGAUGGAGCUCCUGUCGGUCAACGACGUUUACCUCCUCUCCACCUUCCGCCUGCCCCCCAAGCAGGGGGGGAUCCUCUUUGGCCUCUACUCCAAGAAGGACAACGCGAGGUGGCUGGAGGUCUCGGUGGUUGGGAAGAUCAACAAAGUGCUGGUGCGCUACCUGCGGGAAGACAACAAGCUGCAUUCGGUCAACCUGCAGCACGCGCACGUGGCAGACGGGCAGAGCCACACAGUGAUCGUGCGCCUGAGCGGGCUGCGCGGGGACAUGCUCAGCAUGGAGCUCUACGUGGACUGCAAGCAGAUGGACUCCAGCGUGGGGCUGCCCGAGCUUUCGGAGAUCCCCCUGGCAGAGGUGGAGGCGAUAGAGGUGCGCACAGGGCAGAAGGCCUACCAGCGGAUGCAGGGGUUCGUGGAGUCGAUGAAGCUGAUUCUGGGAGGGUCCAUGAGCCGAGUUGGGGCCCUGAGCGAGUGUCCUUUCCAAGGAGAUGAGUCCAUUCACAGCGCAGGUAACGGCGCCGCGGGGACGCGGGGCUUGGGCGACGACGAGCACCUGCAGCCCCGUGCCCGUCACCCGGGCCGGCCGCGGGGUCUGCGCUGGGACCUCACGGCACAGCAGCUUUCCCGGCCAGCCGAGGACCCGCGCUGGGACCCUCUGCCCCAGCGCAGGUCACCAUCGUGGGAUGUUCCUGAAGGUCUUGGUGGCCUAAAGGGCAGGAGGGUCUGGAGGCGCCUGUGUCCUGGAGGUCGUGGUGCUUCCCUGGGCCUCGUUGCCCAGCGGACUGUGCCCUGGGACCCUCUGCCCCAGCGCAGGUCACCAUCGUGGGAUGUUCCUGAAGGUCUUGGUGGCCUAAAGGGCAGGAGGGUCUGGAGGCGCCUGUGUCCUGGAGGUCGUGGUGCUUCCCUGGGCCUCGUUGCCCAGCGGACUGUCCAGCCAAGGAGCCUCCUUGCAUAA